GUCGUUUGUAUAUAAGCACAUCGUGAUUUCGAUGAGGUACAGUUCAGCUUCAGUUCGCUUCAGUAAAACAACUGAUUUCAACAAUCCAACAAAAUGUUCUCCCGCUACUUCUUGACUUUCUGCCUUAUGGCUGUGUUCGUCGCCUUCGUCGCUGCCAGCGUAGAAGUAGAGAGCGAAGAAAUCGAAUUCGACGACUCAUCGAUGACCGUUGAAGAAAGAUCCAAGUUUGGCCGUAAAAUAGAGAAGAUCCUCAAGAAAUUCUUCAAGCACGCCACUGAGGAGUGCCUGAAGGCAGCUGUCAAUAAGUGCAAGAAAUACUGGUACAACCCAUCCAAAGUCAUCCAGUGCGCUAAGGACCUCUGGAGCGUUGAAACUGCUGCUUGCCUUGUUGGUGCCUAAGAAACGUAAUCUCACUAGUCUCGAUCCAUUACCACCAAAUUCAAUGAUCAUUAAUUGAAAACAAUGGAGACGCAAACACGAAAUGACUUUAAGAGUUAAGACACUAUUUUUUACAAAGAUCUUUAAAAAUAGAUAUCUUAAUGAAGAAGUUUAUAAAAAAGACACCGUAUAAAUAAAAUAAAUAUUUUAAUACUA